AUGCCUCCAAUCGGAUUGUCCAUCGCUGAAUGCGAACAGCUCAAAUCUCGUGUCUUCGACGACUUCCAGAAUGAACCAACACUCCAGAAGCGCACAAUCUCCACUUUCAUGGAUUCGACCUCUUUCAAAUCGCUGGUAAAGGAGAUUGACACCUUCAUCUUUGACGCUGAUGGUAAGUUGUUUUAUCCUUAUUUUUCCUGUUAGAUAGGGAGUUUAGGUAGAAAUAGCACGAUUUAGGUACCAUAUUUUUAGAAAAGGAAAGAGUAUUCCAACCCAAAUCCAAAUUUAGGUAACAGUUUUUGAAGAUCGAAAGUUUUAGAUCUCAUUUCUUACAUUUUCUGAUGGGAUAAGUUCUUUUCUUGCCGUUUCGGAGUUUUAAAAGGGUCUUCUCGUAUAAAUAAAAGGGUUUGAGACUUCUGAACAAAAAACAUUUCUUUGAUGUGGCAAACAAGAUUGAUAACGGGUUCUUGGUGUUUGUUAUCAACAAUUUGAUUCUUUUACUGAUGUUCGCAUAAUUUCAGGUGUUCUCUGGUUGGGAGAAGACGCCAUCCCAGGAUCGCCGGCCUUUAUCGAGUACCUGAUCCGUCUGAAGAAGAGGAUCAUCAUCCUCACCAACAAUGCCACCAAAUCCCGUGCCGUCUACGCCAAGAAGCUGGCCAAGCUCGGAUACAACGAAUCGGUCAGCAACAAGAACACCAUUGUGAACCCUGCCGCCGUUGUCGCCGAUACUCUUCAUCGUUCUGGGAUCAAGGAUUCCAACAAGAAGGUCUACUUGAUCGGUGGCCAAGGCGUGAAGGACGAAUUGACUGAGUUGGACAUUGAAUACUUUGGUGAUGGUCCCGAUCCAAUCGAGAACCAGGAAUCAUCCAAGGGAGCCGCCUUCUUGUACGAUAUUGAACUUGAAGAAGAGGUGAACCAAGUUGGAGCUGUGGUCGUUGGAUACGAGAAACACUUUAACUACCUCAAGCUCAUGAAGGCCGCCAACUAUCUGCAAGAAGGGGACUGUCUCUUCGUGGCCACCAAUGAAGAUGAAACUUGCCCUGGACCCAACCCCAAUACCAUCAUCCCAGAUGCCGGACCACUGGUUGCUGCCGUCAAAACCGCCUCUGGCCGUGAUCCAUUGGUCGUUGGCAAACCAAACACCCCAGCCUUCGAGUACAUUCAGAGGCGAUGGAACGUGGACCCCUCCAGAACCAUGAUGAUCGGCGAUCGUACCAACACUGACGUCAAAUUCGGCCGCGACCAUGGAUUGAGGACCAUGUUGGUGUUGUCCGGCUGUCAUCAAGUCGAAGACAUCCAGGAGAACUUCGAGAACCAGAGGUUAGACAUGGUCCCCGACUUCUACGCUAAGAAUCUCGGCUCGUUAGUCCCAAAACGACCAACAACCGCCUAUUAUUAA